ACUUUUGGUGCGAAUUCAAAAUGCAAAUCUCAAAAACUGUGAAUGAUAAUUAACUUAAUUACUAGUGUAACCAUGAUAAAUCCAAUAUACUAUUUAGAUCUUCAUAAAGAGUUGUAACUUCAUAUUUUGUGUUAAGUUUUCUUUUUAUAGCUUUUAUUUUACUGAAAUUGUAAAGUAUGAAUGAAGACCAGAUGGACAUAAGUAACACCGAAAAUGUGCAGGUAGACACAAUAAUUUAUGUUAUAGUUAUUAGUUAUAGUAGCAGUAUGGACCAUUUUAACUAAAAUGAUAAUAAUAAUAGGGGUGUGCCGGAAUCCGGUUCCGCCGGAUUUUGCACUAUCCGGUUGCGCAGGAUUUACACAGACCUGUUUACUCUCAAACUCUUAAAAUCGUAGAAUAUCAUCACAAAAUCGUUCAAUACGUUAUAUUUAUAGUAAAAAAUUAACAGUAUAUACAAUCUAUACGCCUAAAAAUCGUACAUUGUACGCCAAAAUCGUAAGAGUAAACAGGUCUGUUUACAUGUAUCCGGAACAACCGGAAUCCGGAAUAUACCGGAUUUCGGAAUUUGCCAGAUUUUGUGACUCACCGGAUCAUAAUCUGAAAUAAAAGUAAUUCUCUUUCCCGAAUUCCACACGAUCACGAUACAUUAAUCGAUUGUUUCGAGCGUUGAGCUUGUUUAAUGUUUAAUAUUCCGAACAUACCAGAGGCUAGAGUCAGCACCGCUAAUAGUGGCCAAUCGGCCCAAUCCAAUGAGCCAAUGACAAGACGAGAUGAACUCAGAUGAUGAGUCUGACUUUCUCCUCAGAUUCAAAACAAUUAGUGCACUACAAUAGUUAAAAAUUACACUGCCAAGUGGCAAGUGCCAAAGUAAUGAAAGCAAUAGACUAAUAGUAAAGUUGUUUUCCUUUGACCUUGCAGCGAGUUAGAACUUAACAGCGAGUUUAGUUACAUAUGGAUAAUAACUUAUUAUCAAUCUGCGUUUUUUUAUUCUGAUUUCAGUGAUUUCUGAAUAAUUUCUAUUUUCUAAUUUAUUUCAAAGUUCUUCACUUCCAACUUCCAAUCAGCCAAUGUCAUUUAGCCAUUUAGGCUAACUGUUCAGAAGGCAUCCAACCCCUCAGAUUUACCGGUAUCUGCAAAGUACCGGAAUCUGGGAGAAACCGGAAUUCCGGAAUCCGGAUCCGGCGGAUUUCGCAUAAGAAAAUCCGGAUCCGGUUGGAAAAAACGGAUCCGGCACACCCCUAAAUAAUAAUGUCACUAAUGACUAAUAAUUUGAUUUUUUUAAGACCAAGACUUUCUACUUGCAUUUCCAUCUUGAAGUUGAAGAUGUGUGGGUGGAGCUUUUUUUUUUUUUUAUAUAACAUGUGGGAUAUUUUUGCUAAGUUGAUCCUUUUCUCAUGACGUGGCUACAUCAAAUAAAGAUUAAAGGCAAAGGUGUUUCCCGCGCCGUGUCAACACUGCAUUUACUUCUGGGUUGACUGAGGCCGGUUGACACCAUCGCUCAAAUUAUUGAUUUAGUGAUUGGUUGGGUGGGUGAGCUCAGAUCUACUUUUUUUAGUUUUAUGUCUAGGUAAAAAGUUUAGUAAUUUCAACCAGGGUUUUAUAAUUAUAAGCAUUUGAUGUUUUAAAAGUAAAUACAGUGGAACCCGUUAUGUUGACCGCCUUGGGGUUUGCCAAAAAGCGUUGGGAAAACCAAUGAUUGAAAUAACCGAAAAUCAAUAUUGCAGCAAUAUAUUAACAUUAACAUGUAGUUGAAAUUUCUUAUGUACAUGAUGUGCGUCUAUAAAUGCAGGUACUUCAGUAAAAAAUUAAUAAAUAAUUUGUUAAAUAAUAUUAGAACUAUUUAGAGCUAAUUUCAAAUUUAAAAAAUGAAACCAGAACCCACUUUUUAAUUUUAGUACUUUUUAAGCUACGAAUUUUUAAAGUGCGAGUUCGUUAGGUAUUUUCUUCUAUGGACGAAGCCUCCACAUUUUGUGACCUCAUUCUGCUGAUAAUGUCUUGCGCAAUGACUAUAUAGUUUAUAAAAGGCAACGCAACCCCUUAUUACUAAAAUACUAUAAUUUAAGGAUUACUUAUUUUGAGUUUUCAACUUUGGCACAUGACUAUGUAAUUAAAUUAAAAGCGUUCCCUGACCAAUGGUUUAAUAGCUUUUGCACACGGCAAUCUCUUAAGAAUUAAACUCUGUCGUAGUACCACGGCAUAGUCAUUGUGCAAGUGACUAUGAAUGGCUGCCCAUGACAGGGUUUCGCACACGGCAAAUUGUGAUCACUUUUAAUAUGGACUCUACCUGGUUUCUAAACCUCAAAUUGAAACAAACGUAUUAAUUUAAAUUACUUCUAGGUUCAUUCUAAAAUACAAGUCCUGCAUUUUGAGAAAUAAAUAAUUAUUUUUAAUAAUGAAAAACUUGUUUAUUUGUUGUUUGCUAUUUCUUCUUGCGGAGUUCAAAAGCCGGCGAUUGGUGUCAGGGAUCAAGAUAACCGAGGUUAAGUGGCAAAUUUGGCCGCCUUUUGUGCUCGAGAUAUCAGGGUUCGGCGACAUAAAAGAAUCAGCAUAACUGAAGAGAAAAUGCUAAGACAAAGAGAGAAUUUGGCGGUUCCACUUCAAAAACGUCAACAUAACAGGGUUGGCGAGUUAACCGAGAUCGAGAUAAGCGGGUUUGACUGUAAUUAUACUUUUGUCGAUAAUUUAAAGAUUUAUUGUUGGCUAUUGAUCAAAUAUUGAAUAUGCGAGUACAGCAAAGAUGAAGAGAGAGGAGAACAAAGCGCAGUCUCAGCUUAGUUUUUUGGUGUUAAUAACUGUGCUGUGCAGCACCAUUACAGACUAACUAUUUUACUUUAGAUAUAUUUAAAUAUAAUUUGGUGAAAACGGUGUAUUGCAGGCAAGAGGGUGGAAAAAGAAGGUCUUGAUUGUUGUGCACAUUCGCAUUGCCACAAUAACAAAUUUAACUCUGAGAAACGCAAUUAUUUAUAGGACUCAACUCUUCCCAUCCAGUCACUUUGUAAAUUUUAAUACUAAAAAGAAGAAAAUACAAAAAUAGAAAACAACUUUCUAUCAAAGACAAGUUAAACACACUAAAAAGUAGAAAAUAAUAAAAAAAAUUCUUAAAAUGUAGUAAGCAGGACUUUCUAAAAUCAUCCUCCAAUGUUUUUAUUUUAUUUCAGAGUUGUAAAGCUGCCUUGUAUUACAGCAUAAAGCAAAUAUCAAAAGAAGUUGAGGAAGAAAUGGAUGUAACUAUAAGUCCCCAAGUUCUUGCUACAGUAUCAGAGAGCUUGCAUCGACAGAUAGAAUGUUAUGCUCUGGAUCUUGAAAACUUUGCAAAGUAAGUUCUAUCACUUAAUUACUUCUUUUUAUGAACAGAUGUGUUUAAUUUUUGUGUGGAUUUUUGAAAAGGAAAUACUUAAUAUUAUACAGACAUGACUUUUUUUGCUUACUUCUUUUUUGUGUCUAUGAGUAUGGAGUAAUCAUGUGUUCAAAUAUCAGGACAUUAUUCUUAGAUCCACAAACACCCUCAGAAUCAGCAAGUAUAUAUAUGGAUAUAUCUGCUAUUUUGGGCAUUCAUCCCAUUAAGACAAAUCUCAAAGAAAAUAUAAACAGUAAUUACUUAUCAGUACUUAAGUGAUUUAAAUAUGAACUGUAGCUGGUGAGACAGAGUAACCAAAACAAUAUAACCUAUUUUUUGCACUGCUGUUUUAAGUGCCUGAAUUUACCACAGAUAUUACAAGUACAAUUAUUCGUCCUUGCAUCAACAUUUUAAUAAAAAUAUGUUUUUCAAGGAACUCAACAUUCAUAUGACUCUGACAGAAACUAACCCCUACUCAAUAAAAUAUAUUGUUAUUUUUAUAUACAUAAGGUUUUGUAAUUCACAGUCAUUUAAAGAGAACAUGUAAGGGUAUUCUCAUACAUUUCUUUAGACAAAUUAAAACUGAAUGGUUGACAAUGAAAACUAUUUCUUUCAAAUCGUUAAUGCAAUAUUUUUCAGUGUUCCUUCAAAAUUUUUCUGUUACCACAAAAAUGAGUAACUUUUUAUUUUUUUUUAAUGUUCUGAUUUAAUUCACCCCAUAUUUUUUUGUGACAUUACAUUUCUGUUACACAUCCCCCUUACAGCAUAACCAAUCCUAACAUUUUCAUAGUCGUCCUUCUGUUUGAUAUAUUCAUUCUGGUAAUCAUUUCUUAAUAAUGAUUUCUAUUUUAAUGUUAAUGUGUAAGAUUUAGCUGGUGUAAAAUAAAUAUCAUGCAUAUGAAAAGAGUAAAAGUUUGUAUACCUUUGAAUUCUCCCAGACAUGCCAAACGUACAAAUGUUAAUGUUGAUGAUGUUAAACUAAUUAUACGAAGGAAUGACACUUUGGUAAGUUUUUUAAUAUGUUAGAGUAGUAGAAUGUAGACAAAGUUUCUAAUUAAUUAACACUACAUUAUGUUAUUGAAAAAAAUUAUCACUUAACUUGUAUUUUAAAGAAUUGGAAUGCAUAAUAAUAGAUGGGCCUGUCCAUAUAAGAGGAAACUGAAAUAGGGGUAGUGUGAAAGAGAAUAGUAAUAGGUAUGCCUAUAUGAGGGAACUGAAAUAGGGUGAGGCUGAGGAGACUCAUUAUAGAUUUGCAUAUUAGGUAAGAGGGAACUGAAAUGGCAUGGGUUGGAAGAGACUCAUUAUAGAUGGCCUAUUCAUGUAAGAGGGAACUGAAAUGGCAUGGGUUGGAAGAGACUCAUUAUAGAUGGCCUAUUCAUGGAGGAGGGAACUGAAAUGGGGUAGGGUGGAAGAGACUCAAUGUCAGUACAAGAAAAGGGUAACUCAGUUACACUUGUAUUUCUUGGAGAUGAACUGGUUAGGACUAUUUGUUUUAACUGGUUGACAUCAUUUAACGUAUUGCCUUAGCAACUCAAAGGUUCUCCUCUUUACUAAAAUGCAGAGUGGCAAAGGUUGAUCUAAAACAUUAAGAUGUUAUUUCAAUUCACCAGUUCCGUCACCUUAGUGAGAUGGCGGCAGAUCAAACAGCCACCAACAAGAGGGGGAGCAAAAAGUCAACAAGUAAAAACAAACGAAACACAAGAGAACAGGAUGAUGAUGAUGGUGAUUGAUGAUGGUGAAUUCCAUCAUUAAACAAUACACAAGUCUAUUGUAGUUUUGACUUGGGCAUGUUUUGCGGGAACAGAAGUGCUGUUUUGAAAAGUUAAUGUGAAUUUGUUAGAAUUUCCUUCUAGCACACUGCAAAAUUCUGUUUGUAAUUAUUAUGUGGGAUCAUUUAAUAUCUAGAUGUUAAACACAAUGUCAUUAUAACUUUUAUAAUUUAUAUUAAACCAUUUUUAAAUAGAUUAUUUCAUGCCUUACUUUUAUCUGUACAUAGUUUUUAACAACCUCAUCAUGUAAUUAACAGGAUAUCAGUUGUUGUUUUUUUUAAUCUAGAGGGAAGUACUGACACUAAUAUUGUAUAUAAUAUGUUGACCAUUCUUUGUACCCCAAAAAAAAACUACCUUGGUUAUUUUAAUUGCGGGCAGGGAAAAUAAAAUUUGAUUUUUCAAAAAAAUAUGAUAACGCUGUAACUUAUGAGGACCCUGAUAUCUCUGUUGGCAUAACUUUUAAUCUGUUCAACAUCAUUUUGUUGAAAAGAUUAUAUUGCUGAGGCUCUCCACAGGAAAGAUAAUUAAAUCAACAGACAACCAUCAAGGUUUGUUCGUUUUAUUUGCAUGAGAACAAACAUGGAGCGACUACACAGCAUAAAAGCGUGACGUCACGACCCAACCAAAAACAGCGUGCCAUAUGAAACAAUGCGUAAUUAAUAUUUCGUAUUUUGUCAUUUUCAUAACGCCUUAUCCAAACACUAAAUAAAAUUAAUUCAUUGGGUUCACACCAAUCAUGUCUCUGAGUAUCUUGAAUCUUUGCUGAGACAGUCCCUUAGUAAGGAUAUCAGCUAUCAUUUCUUCUGUUCUACAAUACUUGAGAGCCACAGUCUUAUUUUCAACUUGUUCCCUGAUAGAAUGGUGUUUUAUUUCCACAUGCUUUGCUCAACCAUGGAACUUUGGAUGAUUAGCCAUAGGGAUUAGCUGACUGAAUGUCUUCAAAAAUAACAGUGGCAACAUUUUGGUUACGACCUUAUUCAGAUGUAAAUUGUCUCGGUCAUAGCGCGUCUUGUACUCCACUUGAAAGCACCAUGGUUUCAGCUUCUGCUGUCGACAGUGCCACACAUGAUUGUUUCUUACUUCCCCAACUUUUAGGUCCACCACAACCCAUAUGAACACAUAGCCAGAUGUAGACUUUUGAUCAUCAAUGUCACCUUCCCAAUCUGCAUCACAAUAGCCAACACAUUCAGUAGAUCCAUUGUUGUGAUACCUGUACAUAAUUUCAUAAUUCGGUGUACCCUUUAAGUAUCUUAGAAUCCGUUUUACUAUCAUCCCAUAGUGUUCUGAUGGAUGAGCACAUAAUUUUGCUAAAUUACCCACAGCAUAAGUAAUGUCAGGUCUGGUCAAAGCUGACAAAUACUGUAGACUGCCCACCGCUGAUUGGUAAAGUCAAUGAUCAAAAUAAAGACCUUCUUCCUCUUUUCGCAACUUCACACCUGGAUCAGUUGGAGUCGAUACAGGUUUAGAAUCUAGCUCUCCAAAUCUCUCAACAACUUUGCUUGUAUUACCUGGCUGUCCUAGCCAGAUACCAUCUUCCUUUUGAGUGAACAUUAAUUCACCAAGAUCUUUUGAGUCAAAUUUGAUGAAACAGCC